AACAGCUGCUCAGUGCUUUGACUCCAGGCCACUCAUGAACUCCAUUAAGACUUGGGUCUAGGUUUUAACCAGUGGUGAUGUAAACAACAAAUGGAGGAAAAGGCAAAAUGCCUAUGACAAUGAUAUUUUGUACUUCAAUGUUAUAUUACUGUUUUGUACUGCUUUUAACUAUUUUUAUAGAUUUAGAGAACUGAUAGCUCACUAAUAACUUCUUAUUAAUAACUCUGACUUUGCUAUGCUGCAGAAGAGGAGUCUUCCCAGGCCUUAAUUUGCCUGUUCGUCUAACAAACAGGAAGUUUAAUUUCUGUCUAUUAAAUUGUCUCCUGUCUGAUAUAAUCUACUGACAGGCAAACCCAAAGUCUCGUUUCAUAACCUCUCGGCUGUUUCCUAACAGGUCAAAGUCUAUUGCUCAUAAACUGUGGCACGUGCAGAUCAUAAUCAUCGUAUGUUUAUGUUCAAGCUACUGAUGAGUACUGAUAGCUUCAAGAAAGCUCAAAGCAUUUAAGAGAUAGCUCAGGCAGUCAGACCAAGGUGCUCGGGUUGUGCCCCUGGAAACAAAAACCAAAGACGAUCUCUGGGAAGUUCUGCAGGGGUAAAAGCAUGGGCUGUUGGGACAAGCUGAAGUCCUCCAGCUGGGCUUAUCCCACUGCAGUCCUUUCCUUCUAUGGGUUUUUUGCUAACUGCAGAGUAGCAGAGCCCUUCCUCACACCAUACCUAAUUGGACCACACAAGAACAUCUCUGAAGAAGUGGUGACCAACUACUUAUUCCCCAUCUGGACUUAUUCCUACCUGGCCUUCCUUUUCCCUGUAUUCCUGCUGACUGACUUUCUGAGAUACAAGCCCCUCAUUAUGGUACAGGGGCUCUUCCUGGUCACCAACUAUGUCCUCCUCUGCUUUGCCCCGGGACUGCCUGCCAUGAUCUUCCUUCAGAUCAACUAUGCUGUUGUGACUUCCACAGAGGUGGCCUACUUUUCCUACAUUUACAGCGUGAUUCCAGUUGAGAAUUACCAAAGAGCCACUGGUUACCUUCGCAGUGCCAUGCUUGCUGGAUAUACAUUUGGUGCCGGCCUGGGUCAAGUGCUCAUCUCCCUGGCAGGGGUGGACUACUUCUACAUCAAUGCUAUCACUCUGGGGAUUGUAAGCGUAGCUUUUCUCAUAUCCUUCUGGUUGCCAAUGCCCGAGAGGAGCAUGUUCUUCAAAGGGAAAAAGGCUACAGCUCUGGGCUGCCAGUCCCAGCAGGAGAGGCCAGUGGGAGAAGACAGGCCUGAGGAACCUGUGAUGGAUAAAGAGGAAGCUGGCUCAGGGAAAGAGAAGAUGGAGCUGAAUGGCAGCGCUGGCUGGUGCAGCGGGGAAAAUGUGGCUAUGGCGGGUCAUCUACUUUGGCAAAGCUUCAAAGAGUCAUACUCUUCCAGGCAUUUAAUCUACUGGUCCCUGUGGUGGGCUUUGGCUACAGCUGGAUAUGUGCAGGUCUUCAACUACAUCCAGCUAAUGUGGGACCAUAUAGAACCAUCUGCUACAUCAUCCAUCUAUAACGGAGGUGUAGAAGCUGCGUGCUCUCUUGUAGGUGCUGCAGCAGCCUUCUCUGUGGGUUACAUCAAGGUGACCUGGAACGUGUGGGGAGAGCUGGCAUUAGGGUUGUUCUCAUCUGUAGGGGCAGGUGCUGUGUUCCUGAUGGCGUUUACCAGCAGUAUCUGGGCAUGCUAUGCUGGAUAUAUCAUAUUCAAAUCCUGCUACAUGCUUCUCAUUACCAUCACGACAUUUCAGAUCGCAGCCAAUCUCUCCAUGGAGUGCUAUGCUUUGACAUUCGGCAUCAACACUUUUGUUGCCCUUUCACUGCAGACCAUCAUGACGGGCAUUUUUAUUGAUGAAGCUGCACUGGGAUUGGACAUUGUGACACAGUUCAUCCUCUACGGGAGCUACUACGCUGUCAUCUCUGUGCUCUUUCUGAUUCGGGGGACCUACACCGCCUGUGUAAAUCGACACCGUCUUGAGCAAGCAGAUGUCAAGGAACAAGAAACCAGCGUGGAGGUGAUCUCUGCUGCACAUUUCUGACCAAGGUCAACAAACUGUCAGUUUUGAUAAUACUAAGAGUGAAGGUGAUUGUUCCAUUUGUUUAUGGGGAAAUAAAAUAAUCACAUAUUAACAGCAUUAUUGUUCACUAAUGAUUGUAAACUCAGUGACUCAGUGUUUUGUUUUGUUUUUUUAAAUAUUAUCUCCGCAAUUUGUAGGAGGAGGUCAAACCGAAAUUAGCACUGAUUAGUGUGAUAUAUUAAAGAUAAAGCCCUGAAAU